AUGUCUCGCGUCGUUGUUCUCCUCUUCGCCUUCCUCUCGCUCUUCGCGAGCUCGCAGAUUUACGCUGCCCCCACCCGCGAGAUCGUCGCGCGCCAAGUCGGUGAUCUGACCUGCAACUUCGACCGCCUGAGCAUCGUCGCGGGCCUCGCAACCCUUCAAGGCACCCUCAAGAAGCUCUCCGGCCAGGUCACCAACGACACCACCGCUGCCGCUGGUCUCCAGACGGUCACCGACGCGGUGUCGGGCGCAGAAGGCGCCAUCGGCGUCAUCGCCAAGGCGCUCCUGACCGGGCAGGCCGCGCCUGCGGAUGCGCGGACGCAAGUGCAGGCCAACCUGACCGCCGCGCAGACUGCGCUCGCUGCGAUAAACUCGACGGACUCUACGAUUUCGGCUAACCUCGACAAGGCCACGACCCAGCUCGCGAACGCGGCGCUUGCGGGGCAGGGUGUUGUCGCGAACUGCAAGUAA